ACCAGUGAAUGUACCUUAGGUAGCCGUGAGGCCGUCGAUCAGCUGAGGAAGAAGGCCGUCGAGUCCAACUUUAAAAAGACAUGGCUGCUGUUAUUGCCCGCUCCCUGCCCCACACUGCCCGCCGGGGUGUCCAGCUCACCACCGUCAGGUUUGCCAAGAUGAUGGCCGACCCAUUUGAGCAUGCAACUGGACUUGAGAAAAAGGAGCUGAUGGCUAAGGCUGCAGGAAAUGAUAAUCCCUUCGACAUGAGAGUGUAUAAGCGUGUCAGCGGUGAUCAGAACAGUCCAACGGUUGUUCCAUCAUUCUGCGAGAGACGACUGGUUGGUUGCAUCUGUGAAGAGGAUGCUACGUGCAUCAACUGGAUGUGGCUAGACAAAGGCGAAAAGAAGCGAUGCGAGUGUGGCUAUUGGUUCCAACUUGUUGAUGCUAAGCCCAUGGUUUAAAAUUGUAGGAAUUGCUGUAAAUUGUUCGGAGUCUGUAUAAUGUAUGUGUGGAAUGCUCUUAAUUAAGCAUAUUGAUACAUGUUGCAGUUCAAUACCAUUCCCAUCCACGAAAUACUUUUCUUGUAUAUAAACUGAACUUUUAUGGUAAUUUCCUGUAGGCAUGAUUGCUACAACAUUGAUUGCAAUUUUUCAGUUAAUUACUGUAAGCCUUUAUUCUCUCGGGAAUAUUGUACAGUAUUUAUAAAUGUAGAAAAAAUAAAUCCAUUUAAUUAA